AUGGCACCCAGAGGAAAGAAGACCAAAGCUGAAGAAGCACUCGACUUCCUGUCCAACUUGGACAACCUUGAUGAAUCAGAAGACGCGACAUCUUCUGUUCCCGCACCCACUUCGACACACGUUGGUAGCGCGACCGAAGGUACACCCCGAGAAUCAAUUGACAGCUCCAGAAAAUCAUUGUCAUCCUCCAGGGAACUAGGUCAAGCGACUACUAUCUCAUCCUCCAAAGGAGGAGGAAAUGGUAAACCACAAGCAGAAGAUGAAGAAGCUCAAAAGGCAUUAGACUUUUUGGAAGCUCAAAUCAAUCAAAAACGUUCCAAACCAUUAUCUUCAAGAUCGUCUACGCCCGUCUCUGCUCCAUCGACUACUACUUUUAACACCGUCCUUCCUGCUCCUUCGGGUGCUAGUAGUGGUGCGGAACCAAUUAACGAACCUUCUUCCUCACCGAAUUCAGGCGGAUGGGGAGUUUCAUCUUUUUGGUCAUCUGCUACAUCAGCUUUACAGCAAGCUCAAAAAGUUGCAGAUGAACAAUACAAAAAAGUCAGACAGGAAGGUGUCAGUGGUGUUACUAACCAACUGGAAAAUCUGGGUGUUAAAGGUGUUAGUGUACCAGGAGUAGAUCUGAAUAAAUUGAGAAAAGGUGCCGAGGAAAGAUUAGGUGGUAUUGUCAAAGGUGUUGAUUUGGAGAAAUUGAGACAAGAUCUAGUCAACACUACAACAUCAACUUUGACUUCAAUUUUAGAUACAGUUGCACCACCAAUUUCUGCUCACGAGACAUUGGAAUUAUGGUUAACACAUCCUAUGAUUGGCUAUUCUGGAGUCGAAGGUGUUAUCUAUCGAGCGUGGAUAAGGAUAUUAGAACAGACCGAAAGUGGUGAAUUGAUCAUCGUUUGGUCACCUCCUACUUCAUCUGCUUCCUCUUCCUCAGAGAAAACCCAAGAAGGAGAAGAAGGCCAAGAGGACGAAGGUGAAAAUGCUAGUGGAAGAAGUAUAAAUCCAAUCAACGAAGGAUGGACAAAGGCAUGGGAAGAAGCUAGAAAAGAGAUUGACAGUGUAAAACAAAGAGAGGAACAAAACCCAAAAGGAAGGAAUAAAUCACCUAAUCCUCAAGUACCAGUAACCACUGUCCCUAUAUUCCUACAUCUUCAACCACUUCUUGCACCUUUACCUUACCUCGAGCCUCCGAUCUUGACUUCUACAUCAACAUCUAGUGGCCAACAAGAACCACCUAAACACUUGUAUUUCUUAUUGACUUUACAAGAUCCAACUCACUCAUUAUCAUUCACGACUGUGACUCAGCCUUCACCAAGUGAUUGGAUGGAUGUUGAAUAUGAGAAGUCUGAAUGGGUAGAAGAGAGACUAGUCGAGGUUCUCAGAACUAGUGUAGAGGUCAUUGCUCAAGAUUAUGUGGCGACACGUAUGGGACUCAAACCUUCAGCUCCAACAGCAGCUGCUGUGACUGCUUUGGUGGAACAAGCGACUCAAGAGAGUGAUCAAGCCAAAGUGCAAGCCAACGAAGAGGGCAAAGCGGAGUAA